AUGGACAUAGCAGGUGAAGAAAAGAAGGAUAGCUGUGAGGUGGAAGAAAUCGGAAAGGAUUUGGUUGCCGGUGACGGCGACGGUGAAAACAAUGACAGCGAGGAAGACGAGGAAGUGGCAGAUCUUCCUUCGGAGCUGGCAACGAAACUUGGAGACCGAUACGAGUCGGAAGAAGCUCUCCAAUCGGAUAUGAACGAAGCUGGUAUUGGAGAUCUCCCCAUCAUUUUAGCAGAGGGAAAACCGUGCCUGGUCGUGCCGUCGGACCAACACAAUGUGUUUACAUCUUGGUACGCCUUUGAUUUUGCCUCAUCGCGGGGCAAGUGGGGAUUCAGUAGCGCUUCCCACAACAUUCAUCUUGCGAAUGGAGAGUCUCGCGACCCCGAUCUCAGUUACUGGGGCUAUCCUCGUUGCAUCCUUUUCAAAGAGAAGCGCAAGCCUGUAAUUGCUGACAUCGUACCGGAUACGGUCAUCCAGUUCAGUUGGAAGAACAAAAAGAAGUAUGAGGUGGAAGCAAUCAAUGAUGUGAUGACUCAAAGCCUGGAAACAGAUUGUGGUGCUCCGUCAACCAUUUUUGCAAGAGUCGGCUAUUUGAUCAAGGUACAGUUUUCAAAGAAGCGGACAUUGCUGGGGGCGAUCAUGGGCAAAGACUCCAAAACACAAGACAUUGUAGGUCUGGACAUUUACAGACUACCUCAUGGUACCACAACUAUGGAUGCCGAAAACAAGACCAAUGGUGCGGAGAAGUGGACGUACUUUCAUGUCUGGUCCGAAAACUCCAGAUUGAACUUCAUUACUCAAUUCCUUAAAAUUAAACUCUUCAGACAACUUGGAUAG